UUCCGAAACAAGAAGCGCUCGGCCGACGCUCUGCUGGAUCAAACGCCUCUCGUCCGGCCGCUGGAAGAAGAAGAAGCGCCUCGCCCGGCCUUUAGCGCUCCUUGGGGAAUCCGAUCCGCGGGGAUCUGAUCCUCGGGGAUCCCGCCGCUCAGGGUUCGGCUGAAAUCCGCCGCCGCUUCGGCUGGAAGGCUCGUUCCGUCCCCUUGAGAGCCGAAACGCGAUGGAGUUGGCGGCGGGAGCCGGGCUGCUUCUCGCGCUGUGCUUCGCUGCCGAGCCCUGCCUGGGGGAUUCGGGUUCAUCUAGUUCUUCGGAUCCACCAUCUCUUAGCAUCCAAAAACAUAUGAUUACGAUAGCUGCAAAUGAUACAUUACAGAUUACUUGCAGUGGCGAGAGGGCUUUGGAUUGGCUUUUGCCGAACAACCAAACCAGCAUCGAAAACCGGGUCGUGCUGACCGAGUGUGCCAGCGAUACCUACUGUAAGAUGCUCACCCUGACGGAAGCCAUAGGCAACGACACCGGGUCCUACAAGUGCUUUUACCAAGACAACCACACCUCAUCAAGUGUUUAUAUUUAUGUACAAGAUUACAGGUCUCCGUUUGUGAUGUCAGCCAGCGAACCUGGAGCUGUGUAUAUAACCGGAAACAAAACCGUAGUGAUUCCUUGUCUCGGAUCCUCAUCCAACCUGAACGUAUCACUCCAUUCAAAAUAUCCAGAGAAAACAUUUGUUCCGGAUGGGAAGUCAGUUACAUGGGAUAAUCAGAAAGGUUUCACAAUUCCCACUAGCAUGAUCAGUGACGUAGGAAUGGUCUUUUGCAAAACUAAGAUAGAUGGUGAAAGCUAUCAAUCAGUGAUGUACGUCGUGGUCGUUUUAGGAUAUAAAAUUCAUGAGCUUAGUAUGAGCCCCCUGCACCAAGUAGAGCUGGCAGCGGGAGAGAAGCUAUCCUUAAAUUGCACAGCAAGGACUGAGCUGAAUGUGAGAAUUGAGUUUCAGUGGGAUUUCCCUUCGAAACAGAAAAUGAACGCUGCAUUCAAGGAAGGGAUGACAGCCUUGGGCAGUGAAAUGAAGAAGUUUGUGAGCACCCUCACCAUCGAACACGUGACUUUAACCGAUGGGGGUCUGUAUACCUGCAUGGCCACCAGUAGCCAGAUGACAAGGAAACACAAAAUUAACGUCAUUGUUCACGAAAAGCCUUUUCUCUUUUUGGGCAAAAUGCCACUUCUGGUGGAGACCAUUCUCAGAGAACCGGCUAAAGUGCCUGUAUUAUUCAAAGCAUAUCCACUCCCAGAAGCAAAAUGGUAUAAAAACGGAGAAGCCAUUGUUGCAAAUCGUACGGUGAAACUUGGUUACUCUUUAAUCAUUACUGAAAUGAGCGAAAAAGACGCUGGGAAUUAUACCGUUGUGCUGACCAAUCCCAUUAACCAGCAGCGUGAGAAGCACACGUUCCAUCUGGUGGUAAACGUUCCACCUCAAAUCGGGGAGAAUGCUCUCCUCUCGUCUGUGGAUUCCUACAAGUAUGGCUCCACCCAAACUCUCACGUGUACGGUGUAUGCGGUUCCGAUGGUGAGCCACAUUCAGUGGUACUGGCAACUGGAGGAAGAAUGCACUUUCAAUCCACACCAAGCUGGAAUGGGGAAUAAUCCCUAUGCGUGUAAGAAAUGGAAAACCAUAGCAGACCGAAGAGGUGGAAAUCAGAUUGAGAUCUUAAAAGAUCAGUUUGUGGCUAUUGCUGGGAAAAUGAAGACGGUUAGCAGCCUCACCAUUCAAGCAGCAAACGUAUCCACCUUGUACAGAUGCGUAGCGAAUAAUAAAGCUGGAGAAGGCGAACGAAUCAUCUCCUUCCAUGUCACUAGAGGCCUGGAGAUCAGCCUUCAGCCUCAAGGCCAGCCUACUAAGAAGCACAACGUAACCUUGCAGUGCACCGCGGGCAAGCACACCUUUGAAAGCCUCACCUGGUUUAAAUUCAGCCCUCGGGUUUCAGGGACUCGCCUGGAUAGGCUGCCUAUGCCUAUGUGCAAGAAUUUGGAGGCCCUCCAGAAACUGAACGGCACCACCAUAAAGGCCAAUAGGCAAACGGUUACCCUGAGUCUCUUUCUGCACAACAUCACCCUCCAAGAUAGCGGGGAGUACGUGUGCAUCGCUCUGGACAGGAAAAGCAAAACUCGACACUGCCUUGUCAAACAUCUCGCCGUUCAUGAACCAGUGGCACCCACAAUUACAGGACACCCUCAGAAUCAGACCACAAACAUCGGCGAAACAAUAGAAGUUGUUUGCACAGCAAGUGGUAUCCCUUCCCCACAUAUCGCUUGGUUUAAAAACAAUAAUUCUCUUAUUGAAGAUUCAGGUAUUGUCCUGAAAGAUGGGAACCAGCGACUCACCAUACGAAGAGUGAGAAAGGAAGAUGAAGGUCUUUACGUGUGCCACGCCUGCAACGUCCUAGGUUGUAUCGAGGCAGCUGCCUUUUUUGAAGUGGAAGGGACUGAUGAGAAAACAAACCUUGAGCUCAUUAUUCUUGUCGGAACAGCAAUCAUUGCCAUGUUCUUCUGGCUGGUUCUCGUAAUCAUCCUGCGGACUGUGAAACGGGCCAAUGGAGGAGAACUGAAAACUGGCUACCUGUCUAUCAUCAUGGAUCCUGAUGAAGUCCCUAUGGAUGAGCAGUGUGAACGUCUCGCUUACGAUGCCAGUAAAUGGGAAUUCCCUCGGGAUAGGCUGAAACUAGGAAAGCCACUUGGUCGAGGAGCGUUUGGUCAAGUGAUCGAAGCUGACGCAUUUGGAAUUGACAAAACAACUACCUGUAGCACUGUAGCAGUCAAAAUGCUUAAAGAGGGUGCAACGCACAGCGAACAUCGGGCCUUGAUGUCCGAACUCAAAAUUCUUAUUCAUAUUGGCCAUCAUCUCAACGUGGUCAACCUACUUGGAGCUUGCACAAAGCCAGGAGGUCCACUCAUGGUGAUUGUGGAAUACUGCAAGUUUGGAAAUUUGUCCGUCUACUUAAGAAGCAAGCGAAAUGAUUUUGUUCCGUGCAAGAGCAAUAAUACCAGAUCUGGGCGAGGACACAGUGACUUCUCAGCAGACCUAAAGAAACGCUUGGAUAGCAUUGCAAGCAGCCAGAGCUCAUCGAGUUCAGGUUUUGGCGAGGAGCGAUCUCUCAGCGAAGUGGAAGAAGGAGAAACAACAUCCGAAGAUCCUUGCAAAGCUUCACUGAGCCUAGAGGACCUCAUCUGCUACAGCUUCCAGGUGGCUCGGGGGAUGGAAUUCCUGGCGUCCCGGAAAUGUAUACACCGAGAUUUGGCUGCUCGCAAUAUCCUUUUAUCGGAGAACAACGUGGUCAAAAUCUGUGAUUUUGGACUGGCUCGAGAUAUCUACAAAGAUCCAGAUUAUGUCAGGAAAGGAGAUGCUAGACUACCCCUUAAAUGGAUGGCUCCAGAAACCAUUUUUGAUCGCGUAUAUACAAUUCAAAGUGAUGUAUGGUCUUUCGGUGUGUUGCUGUGGGAGAUAUUUUCAUUAGGGGCCUCGCCAUACCCAGGUGUAAAAAUUGAUGAAGAUUUCUGUAGAAGAUUGAAAGAAGGAACGCGGAUGAGGCCACCCGAUUAUACAACGCCUGAAAUGUAUCAGACAAUGUUGGACUGCUGGCAUGGUGAACCCAAACAAAGACCCACCUUCUCAGAUUUGGUGGAGAGCUUAGGGAAUUUACUGCAAGCAAAUGUUCACAAGGAUGGUAAAGACUAUGUUGUCCUUCCCCAAGUUAUGUUGCUCCAUACUGAAGAAGAUUCUGGACUCUCCUUGCCAACGUCACCUGUUUCCUGCAAGGAAGAAGAGGAAGUACGCGAUUCUCAAUUCCCUUAUGACAGCACGUCGCAAACAAGUCAGCAUCGCACCGGAAGUAAAAGGAGCAGUCGUCCUGUGAGUGUUAAGACCUUUGAAUCUGUGCCCGUAGAACCAACCAUAAAAGUGGUUCAAGAUGAAAAUCAGACAGAUAGUGGGAUGAUUCUCGCGUCUGAAGAACUAAAGGCGUUAGAAGAGAAAGCUAAAGAACUGGCGUUGCCCUUCAGUGGGCUGAUUUCCAGUAAAAGCAACGAAUCUGUUAUGUCUGAAGCUUCAAAUCCCACCAGCGGCUACCAGUCAGGCUAUCAUUCAGAUGACAUGGACAUUACCAUUUAUCCUAGUGAAGAAACAGAACUCUUAAUGCUCAGGGACGAUGCUUCUCAGACCUGCUUCGUUGCCUAUGGCGCUGCUAUCUCUCUGAGUUCGCAGUCUGUAUAAGGACUUCUCAAAAAAAAAAAAAAAUUGGCAACAACUGGAACUUAUACCAAACAUUGCCUUGUCCUGAAACCUAUUGUAUUCAUACCCAGAAUACAGGAGGGGAGAAAAAUAUGAAUUUUCCCAUUAUUAUUUUUUUAUGAUUAAAAAAAAAGAAGAAGAAAUUGCAAUAAGGAAUCCUGUGGAAGCAAUGCAAGACUUUGAGAGAGCUUGAAGAUAUAUCAGGCAUUGCUGAAAGUCAUAGAGGAUCGUUUCAUCAUCAGUUUGAACACAAGAACGUCAUGAAAUCUGAUAAGGAGGCCCUCUUUCUAUGCAGUUACAUGAAGAAGGAAAUAGGCUUAGUCACACUCAGUGGUGGGUUUCUACCGGUUCGCCCCGGUUCAGGCGAACUGGUAGCAGGGGUGGGGGAGGCUCUGCCCACUGGCCCAGACUUCAUCAAAAAUGCUCUGAGCAUGCGCUCCCACAGGCUACCGAUAGCAAACUGGUAGCGCCAGGAUUUGAAAGCCACUACUGGUCAGAAUCCUUUGAAUUUGGGGUUGGUCAGCAGUGAGGUUUCAGAAGUGUGGUCGGUGGAACCUAAGACAGCGUCUGCCCGUACAGCCCCUGCCUUUCCUAAAUCCUCUUUCAUGUUUAUCUCUUCCAUUGAAGGACCCUUCCUGUCUAAAUCUUGCUGUUAAAAGUAAGCCACUAAAAGCUACUGAAGAGCAGGGAAAUGUGAAAUGCUCUGUUUUUAGUACCUAGGCCUUGAUGUAUGUUUGACCCUUUCAAAGAAGGCUUUCCGACUGAAAUGAACUCCUUGAGAGGCUUGAGAAAUGCUUAAAAAUUAGCAAAUAAUUCCAGAGUUUAACCAUUAUUCACCGAAGAACGUUGGUGAACUUUUUGUUUAUUUGAUCAGUGUUGUAUGGUUCUUAAGAUGCAGAUACGUAUUACUUUUUUUUUUUUGAAACAGCCACCUUGAUAAAAUAACCUCUUGUAAGGCAGCCAAGCAAAUUGUCCAUAAAACCAGUUUUAUCACUGAGAUAACAGAGUUGGAAGGGACCUUGGAGCAGGGGUGGGCUGCUGGGGGUUCAGGAGAAUCUCUAGCUAAGAUUCUAUGAAGUUCGGAGAACCCCCCCAUAUCCUACUCCUGACUGGCCCCACCUACCCCGCCCCUCCCAGGAGUCCGCAUGUGGCCCAUUUUGGAUGCAGGUAAGUGCAGGACGUGCAUGGAGGGUCAGGGAGGGCAAAAAACGGCCCUACUGGAAGUUCGGGAAGGCUGGAAAUAGGCCUGUUUCCAGUCUCCAGAGGGCCUCCAGAGCCUGGGGAGGCUGUUUUCGCCCUCCUGGAGGCUCGAGGAAAGCCUCCAGAGCCUGGGGAGGGCAAAAACAGCCUCCCUGCUGUGGUGCAGAAGGAUGACUAGGCCAUGCCCACCCAGCAACUGGGCAGAGGACCCCUGGCUAAAAUUUUUGAAGCCCACCCCUGUCUUGGAGGUCUUCUAAUCCGACCCCCUGCUCAAGCAGGAGACCCUCUACCAUUAUUAGCUGCUCAGAAUGUUCUGAUGGACUUUUCAGGUCGAAAGAUUCCAAAAUUUGGUCACCUAAUAACGUGAUAUAUACAUUGAAAGACUUUUUUUUUACAGAAAGUUUCAUGAAGCUAUGUUGACUAGUGUUAUUUUUUUGGUUACUUUUAUAAUUUUUCAUUCACGGUUUUGUAUUUUUGUUUAAUAUUUCAAGCAGAACAAAUCCAUGAAUUCGCAAAAAUUUAAAAGGCACAAAUGCGGUAUUUAUAGUCUGGAUAUGUAGAAAGAAUUGUAAUAUAUUCUGGAAAUAAAUAAAGAAAUAAAUAUAUUGUAUA